UUGCCAUGAAAGUCUCGUGUGAAGUGAACACAGAACAAGACAAAGCGAAUCAACAGUUUGGGUAAUGGCACAGUCAAUGACGUCAAAGAGUCCAACCAUUUGAAGCAAUCAACAAAUCUUAUCAUAUUCGUUCUUCGAAGAGAAGACGGCGAGGCAAUGGCUUACAAAGCUCUGGACCGCAUCGUCCCCGCCGAUAUCGCGGCUUCGGGCGGCUUGACGCUCGUGGACGCCGAGCGGUUUUGCGAGAGCCUCUCAGAAAUUGUCCGGGAUUGCGGCCCUGCCACCCAGGAGACAUGGCGGUGCAUCUCCGGACGCCUCCUCAGCCCCGACCUUCCCUUCUCUCUCCACCAGAUGAUGUACUAUGGAUGUUAUCGAGACUACGGACCCGACCCUCCCGCCUGGUUACCCGACCCGGAGAUUGCUGCUACAACCAAUAUUGGCCAGCUAUUAGAGAGACGGGGGAAGGAAUUUCUGGGAUCAAGGUAUAAGGACCCCAUGUCAAGCUUCUCCGAUUUUCAGGAAUUUUCAGUCUCAAACCCUGAGGUGUUCUGGAGAGCCAUAUUUAAUGAAAUGUGUUUAUCAUUUUCGGUGCCUCCCCAAUGUAUUUUACGGGAGGAUCCAUCAUACCCUGGAGGUCAAUGGCUGCCUGGGGCACAUCUGAAUCCAGCGAAAAAUUGCUUGAGCUUGAAUGGUAAGAGGACUUUGGAUGACACAGUGUUGAUAUGGCGUGACGAAGAAGAUGAUGGAAUGCCUGUUAAGAAGAUGACUCUUGAGGAAUUGAGGAUGGAGGUUUGGUUAGUUGCAUUUGCAAUUGAAACUCUGAGAUUGGAGAAAGGAUCUGCCAUUGCAAUUGACAUGCCAAUGGACGUUAAUUCUGUGGUGAUCUACCUGGCUAUUGUUCUGGCAGGCUAUGUAGUUGUAUCAGUUGCUGAUAGCUUUGCUCCAAGUGAAAUUGCAACAAGGCUCAGAAUAUCAAAAGCUAAAGCAAUCUUCACUCAGGAUUUUAUUAUUCGUGGCGGCAGAAGAUUACCAUUAUACAGUAAAGUUAUUGAUGCGCAAUCACCCACGGCAAUUGUUAUUCCUAGAGGCUCCCACUUUAGGCUGAAAUUGCGUGAUGGUGACCUUUCUUGGGAUGCAUUACGUGCCAGAGUGAAAGAUUUGAGAGGAGUUGAAUAUUUUGCAGUAGAACAGCCUGUUGAAGCAUUCACCAAUAUCCUUUUCUCUUCUGGAACUACAGGAGAUCCAAAGGCAAUUCCAUGGACCACCUUAACACCUCUCAAAGCUGCUGCCGAUGGUUGGUGCCACGUGGAUAUCCACAGAGGUGAUAUUUUUGCUUGGCCCACUAAUCUUGGAUGGAUGAUGGGUCCGUGGCUAAUCUAUGCCUCACUGUUGAAUGGGGCAUCUAUGGCUUUAUAUAAUGGAUCUCCCCUUGGUUCUAGCUUUGCAAAGUUUGUCCAGGAUGCUAAAAUAACAAUCCUUGGUGUGAUCCCGAGUAUUGUACGGACAUGGAAAACUACAAAUUGCACAGCUGGCUGUGAUUGGUCAGCCAUUCGUUGCUUUGGCUCCACUGGUGAGGCAUCUAAUAUUGAUGAAUAUUUGUGGCUGAUGGGGAGGGCUCAAUACAAGCCGGUCAUUGAGCUCUGUGGUGGAACAGAGAUUGGCGGUGGAUUUAUUGCUGGAUCAUUAUUGCAGCCUCAAUCUUUGUCUGCUUUUAGCACACCAGCAAUGGGCUGCAGUCUGUUUAUUAUUGGCAAUGACGGAGUUCCUAUUCCACCAAAUGUUCCGGGGAUUGGUGAAUUGGCUCUUGGUCCCUUGAUUUUUGGAGCUUCCAAUAUGUUGCUUAAUGCUGACCACUACAGUAUCUACUUUAAGGGCAUGCCUGUUUGGAAUGGAAAGGUUCUGAGAAGGCAUGGGGAUGUAUUUGAUCGUUCCACUAGAGGAUACUACAGGGCUCAUGGUCGAGUGGAUGAUACAAUGAAUCUUGGGGGCAUCAAGGUAAGUUCAGUUGAGAUUGAACGCAUCUGCAAUGCAGCUGACAACAAUAUCCUAGAGACAGCAGCUAUCGGGUUGCCACCUCGAGGAGGCGGGCCUGAGAGUUUGGUAAUUGCAGUUGUUUUCAAAGAUUCAAGUGACUCAGUCAGAGACUUGAACAGGCUAAGGGCCUCCUUCAAUUCUGCACUGCAGAGUAAACUAAAUCCUUUGUUCAAGGUUUCUUAUGCUGUACCCCUGCCAUCUCUUCCUCGGACCGCGACAAAUAAGGUCAUGAGAAGGGUUCUGAGGCAGCAGUUUGCUCAAAGUUCUAAACUCUGAUCUGUUCUGUUUUCCCCAAACCCCCUUCAAAACCAAAAUGUAAAAUCUCUUCAGUUGUUUAUGAGGGUGUUCUUUCUCCGAGUUUAGUUUAAUGAUCCCAUAGGCAGUUCAAAGUAAAAGUUUGGAUUUUUAUGGUUUCUUUGUACACUCUGGACUGGUGCUUCCGUGCAAAAAUGUGUAACUGGUGGCUACAUCCUACCAUUUUUGGAGUAAGAAAACAGUGAAAAUUGGGUGCCACCUGUAGAUGGGUGCGUCCUGUCCAGGGGUGCAUUAAUGGUAGCUCUGUAAAUGAUACUUUUUCCAUAGAAAUUUGAUAGGCCAAAUCUAUAUUUUUCUCUCUAUA